AUGAAAAUAGUGUUACAAAUUUUGUUGGCUUCUUUCUUUGCCAGCGGCUACGCACAGUAUGGUGCCAUCUACGGUUUCGAGUACGGUUAUGGUCAGUUUCUUAGCUCCACGACUGGUUUGGUGGCAUCAUCAUCUUUCCUAAAGUUUGUGCUUUUUUGCAAAGGAAUUCCACCUCCCGUACCACCACCACCAUAUCCUAUUUAUCAGCCUUAUGGAUAUGUGUACGGAUAUGAUCCGCAGCCUGGUUCAGUGGAAAGCAUUGUCGGAGGAGCUUUAAUGGGUACAGCGUUCGGAUUGUUGUUUGGGAAGAAGAAGAAGAAGUAG